GAACGAAGAUGUAGUAGUUGGCGAGAAGACUAUGGUAAAGCAAGGGUGGGUAUACAAGUUGUAUAAGUACCACUUACGGGUCACACCUUAACUUGCGCAUACCAGCUCAAUCCUUCUCCACCGCAUUCGCUAGGCAAGAUGAAGUUCUCUCUGGUGGCAUUGGCCUUGCCUAUCGCAACUCAGGCUGCUUUGUUCUCCGCCGAGCAGUACAGGUCGGGUGCGGUUCACCAACAGCUUAUGAAGCUUAAGAAUGAUCAAUGGGAUCUUGAUGAAGCAGAGGGUCGACAUGACCUUACUCAAUGGCCGUCUAUGAAGAACUGGAAGGGUGAUUCGGCAAAGAAGGAUCGCAUCCAAUGCAAAAAGGGUCUCGCUGUCGUUGAGGCUGGUAACUCCAACCAGACCUUCCGAUGCGACAACAUGGAUCUUUACGACUUCGUAAACCACGCCGAUCUAGGUGGGCCCGAAGCCGCUGGAUCUUCCAGCUGGGGAUGGGUAUCGCGCAACGGCCGAGAAUUCGGUAUUGUUGGUCAAUUCAGCGGUGCUGCUUUCGUUGAGAUUCUCGGCAAUGGCAAGAUUCAGUACCUGGGUCGUCUCCCAGCCCAAAGCAUAGGUUCACGCUGGCGAGAAAUCCGUGUGCUCAAGGACUGGGUCAUUAUCGGAAGUGAGGCUGUUGGACACAACGUUCAAAUCUUCGAUUUGAACAAGCUCCUGCAGAUCGAUCCCAAGAGCCCGGUGACCUUUGAUGUCAACAAGGAUCUCGUCGGUCUGUUCAAGGACACACUUCCUAUUGGACGUACUCACAACAUCGUUAUCGACUGGGACAACGAGUACGCUAUUGCGGUCGGUGCCCAACCUCGUAACCAGACCUGCGCGAGUGGCCUCCAAUACAUCGACCUGUCCAACCCUAGUCUGCCAACCUCCCCGGGUUGUGCUAGCCAGGACGGUUACGUGCAUGAUGCUCAGUGCGUGACAUACAACGGCCCUGACCGCAGGUUCCGUGGCCGCAACAUCUGCGUGGGCUUCAACGAGGAUACCGUCACCAUCUACGACUCAACCAAGAAGAACGGCAACCCCGCUUCCGAGGUUCUCUCCCGUCUCAACUACACCGGUGCUUCAUACGUUCACCAGGGAUGGUGGACCGAAAAGAACUGGCACCAAUUCAUCUUGGUGGACGACGAACUUGAUGAGCAGAGAGCGCAAGGCCCAGCGGCUUCCGGUCGCCCAGUCACUCACAUCAUGGACCUUACCAAUCUCCGCAACCCCAAGUACACCGGAUUCUUCUACGCCACUGACCACAAGGCCAUCGAUCACAACCUUUACAUCGUCGACGGUCUCGCCUACCAGAGCAACUAUGGUGCUGGUCUGUGGGUUCACGAUAUCCGUUCCAUCAGCAAGGACCCCACCGGAAAGAGUGUCACAGUUGAGGGCUUCUUCGACAUCUACCCUGAGGAUGAUGCUGUUGGUGGCACGUCUGCGUUCGUCGGCACAUGGUCGCACUUCCUUUUCCCCUCGGGCUACAUCAUGGUCAACACCAUUGAACGUGGUGUCUUCGUUGUCAAGCUCGCUAAGGGUCGCGGCGCUGGAAAGGGUCCUGGGCAUGGUGGCAAAUCUCGUGGCGGCAGCAGGUAA